CCUCAAUCAGGGACUACACGAGGUCCUUCCUGGUGCCACUGAUGGAGGAGAGGCGCGCCGGCGUCCGCGCCGCGCUGGAAGGCAUCGGCCACGCGCCGGUGGCUAAGGUGGACUGGAUCGAGGAGUACCGUCCGCUCUCAGAUCGGUCACUGUUAGGGUACACUCUCUGGUCGUCAGCUGGUGAUGGUGACUGUUAUUUCCCCAAGGACGACGAUGUGGUGCUGUUGACGCACCGGGGCCGACGUGCACGUCGGUGCCGGAGCAGCCGUGCGCCAUAGCGAUCGUUAGAGGCGACGCGGUGACCGAGGGUUUCAAAGUCCACACUCUGGUGGAGCUGCUAUCAGGUAGUCUGCCGCUCAAACAACAUGACGGAAGGGCGGAAAAGAUCGCAUUGUCUCUUUUCGCGGUGCACCUGAUCAACCACAAGACGGCAAUGUAUGCUCCGAGCCGGCUGCCUACCGCCGAUCAUGGGGACAUUAACGUCAUUCAGAAAAUUGCCAAGUAUACUCCAAUGGUUGGCCAAGAGCGCAAUUUGUUGUUGCCAAAACCACCUCCACAAAUACUACCACCAGACAAGGCGCUUGAUGAUGGUCUCGAGAAAUUCAAGCUCAGCCCCUCGCAGCACAACGCGGUGCUGGACUGCGUUUCAGCAAUGCAUCAAGAUACGUCGUGUUGGGUGCGCCUCAUCUGCGGGCCUCCGGGGACAGGGAAAACCAAGACCAUGGUGGCCCUGUUGUGGUCCAUGAUGAUGAAGAACCACAGGACACUGGCCCUCGCCCCGACCAACACCGCGAUGAUGGAGGUCGCGUCCAGUCUCCUCGCUCUCUUCGAUCGCGAUUCGCCCUUCUCCUGGAGCGACGUGGUGGUGCUUGGCAGCAAGGAUCUUGUCUAUGCCGUGGAUGCAAACCUCAGGGAGAUGUUACUCCAGCGGCGUAUUUCCCGGCUCAAUCAUGUCGAGGACUGGAGCGACCAUUUGAACAACUUGUUACACCUUCUUGAGAAGCCGUGGAGUUUGUAUUGCUCGUACCGUUGGGACGCCAGGAAGGAGUACGAGGAAUGUGAUUGGGAGCUGCAGGGACCAGAGCUCGGGAGGUGGGAUGAGCAAGGAGGGACAGUGUCAUUUACGGAAUUCUUCGUGGACAACUACGAACACUUUGAAGAAUGUCUGCGCCGCUGCCUAAAAGCUUACCGCAACGACCUCCCCCUCCCCGCAAGGUGCGAGCAGAGCUUCCCUUUUAUAGAUGAGCUCCUGCACGCGCUCGAAACCUUGGGGGACCUCCUGCGGGCCGACCCGGAACGGCUGAUGCGAAAGCUCUUCUUCAAGAAGCCGGUGGGGUGGCCGGAGUUUCUGGAAGCAAGAGCCGUGUGCAUCGACAAGCUGAAGCAAUUGCCCGACCACUUUCACGUCCCAACCUCUUAUGACAAAUUCGAAGAGUACAUACUGAACAAUGCUAAGAUCAUACUUUGCACCGCUUGUACCUCGUCCCAGCUGAGCCAGGGCAGGAAACUUGGGGAACUUAAGCCAAUCGACCUUCUUGUCGUUGAUGAGGCGGAGCAGCUGAGGUAGAGUGAGCUGCCGAUGCCUCUGCGGACCGGUGUCCGUUGCGCUGUCCUCAUCGGCGACGAAUCCCAGUUACCGGUCCAAGUCAAAAGAAAGGCCACCUUGGACGCCGACUUCGAGAGAAGCCUGUUCGAGAGGCUUAUAUCCCUUGGACAUCCUAGGCACCUCCUUGACGUGCAGUACAGAAUGCACCCGGGGAUAAGCAAGUUCCCCCUCUCAAGGUUUUACCUCGGCAAGGUGACAGAUGGCCCCAACGUCCUCCAAAGGGAUUACGAGAGGAAGCUCCUGGCUGGCCCAAUGUACGGCCCCUACUCGUUCAUCGACAUCAAAGGCGGGACCGAGAGCUCGGGCGAGCAUGGCAUGAGCCUGAGCAACACGGCCGAGGCAGCCGCCGUGACCCGGAUCGGGGAGAGAUUGUUCAAUGAGUCGGUUCGCUCGGGACAAAAGCUCGCCGUAGGCGUGGUAUCGCCGUACAAGGUGCAAGUCCACGCCAUCCAGGAGAGCCUCGGAAGGCUCGAGUGCUGGGCACAUGGCGGCCGAGAAGGCUUCUCCCUGAAGGUUCAGACCGUGCACGGGUUCCAGGGUGCCGAGGAGGACGUCAUCGUCUUCUCCGCCGUGCACAGCAACAGCCACGGGUCGGUGGGGUUGCUGGCCGACUGGAGGCGCACGAACCUGGCGCUGACCCGGGCAAAGCACUGCCUUUGGAUCCUGGGCAACUCGGCGACGCUGUUGAGCAGCAAGACGAUCUGGCAAGAGAUAGUGGCCGACGCAAAGGAAAGAGGGUGCUUCUAUGACUGCAACAACGACGAGGACCUUGCGGCCACAAUACGUGACGCCGUGGUCGAUCCGCCGGAUGAAUGAAGUGGACACUGGACAACCUGCUCAACAUGUACAGCAGCUUCGUAUAGGCCGACCAUGAUCUAGGGUACGAAUGAACUGAGUCCUUGUGCUUGUCAAGUUGACAACGAGCCAAUUUCCGAAAGAGACAUCAGAGAUGCAUGGGCUUAAUCUGUUGGACCGGUAGUUAGGUUUGUAAGUCUCAGCUUCCUUCCCUGCAGGAAUCCAGGAGGAACUGGAUAUGAAAUUAUGAACGGACAUGCCUGGUAGGGAUGCGGUUGUCUGUCAAUUGUGCGGCAGCCUUAGGAGGCCAACUGCGCGGGGAAAAAUGAUGUUCUGAAAGCCUUGAUACCCGUUGUUCUCUCCUGGAUACUACAUUACUAUUAUCAAGAAAAGUUACUUUCGAUUUUGUUAAAGAGGUUUCCCCAUCUGAUUUCAACUAUUAGCAACCAGCAGCACGUUCAUGCUCUGUAGUGCUUUCUCAGAUUGCUGUGGAUCUUGGUGGCCAUAGAUCGAUGUGAGUCCGCGUUAGGCGUUACCCUGCAUCGAUCUAGAUGAAGCCAGCAUGCAGGAGAAGAAACAGUGAGGCGAAGAAUUGAAGAUGCUUGGAACUGCAACAGAUGGAGUUGAUUAAUUUGUUCUCUUGAUCGAUCGACAUCUUGGUUAUCUGGUCACCACCGCACUUGCUGUGUCUGCAGUGUACUCCUGUGGUAGAAUAGAAUGCUGCGCUGUAGUUGUGGACUUGUAGCAGUGUGUUGAGUUAAUUCACAUGCCUUUUGUACCUGUGGUUGGGUGCUGAUUAGUUCGUUAGUCUCUAGCUUUCUGGUUAGGCAGCUGCGGCUGCCAUUUAAGAUGGUUCCUUUUGUUGAUGUCUGCUGUGCUGACUGUCGAGGCUGGCAUAUGUACAAAGUUGACCCCAUCAUAGAGGCAGGCUCACGGGAAUGAGAAUCAAGAGCAAAAAGGGGUAGGAUUUAUAAGUGGGAUGUUGGAUGAUCAGCAGUGCAGUGUAGUUAGUCUGUACCAGUUUUUGUGUUUAUCAUCGACGUGAACGAUUGACAAUUGUACUGUGUGGUAACUUCACAGAUACAAU